AAAAUAUAUAUUUUUGCAGUGAAGAAGACGCUCUUAUCCAAUCACGUCGAAGUUCACUUGCACAUGGAAGUUGGAGGAAAACAUUAGAAAUCUGGACCAUUGAAAGCUUUCAGGAUGUCAUCCAAUUGCAGUGUGACCACGUUACAGCUGGACUCGGUGAGCCAGGCAGAACGCCACCCUGUUCACCUGCUACCCUGUGAGAUAGAGCACGACGGGCCAGCAGAGGUGUCCCAGUUCUUUACAGCCACCAUCAAAGACCGAAAACACGAGAAAACUGUGUCGUUCAGGGGUCGUGGGUUAAAAGGUCAGGAGGUCAGCUGUCCGCAGGGCUACACAGGCCUGGUGCUAAGAGAGGUCAACAAACCAGGCUCUGACCAGGAGGACAGGACAGUGAAGGUGUCUUCAGUGUUCCAUAACGUCACCUACUGGAACCUCGAGACUCCGCCCAACUCUGAUGACGGUAUCAUCAUGGCAAUGGCCUGGCCGGAUCUGGCAGAAGCGAUACACGGGCCAGUGGAUGACUGACACAGAAGAGGCCAAAGCAAAGAUCAAUCCCUUCCCUACCCUAAUUUUACUGCUGGAGCCCGAAGACUGCCAUUGCUUAGCUUGUGAAAAUAGGAAUUAUGGACAGACAAUGGGUAGAACAGUCCCUAGUGUUGUAGUGGACAUUGUGUCUAUCUUUUACAGAUCCAUAGGGGUGAAUUGUGCUUGCUUCUUCUUGUGACUUCUGUAACUAUUGUACCAUGUUCUUUUUGUUGUAUAUUUCUGUCAACAAUUAUACUCAAAUUAUAGGCCAUUGUGAUACA